AUGUUGGAUCCGUCUUCCAGCGAGGAGGAAGGCGAUGAGGUGCAAGAGGUGGAGCGCAGGGAGGCGGCAGCCCCAAAGAGCACCGCCGGGGCGCGUCUGUCCCCGGGCCGAGCAGCGGAGACGCACAGCGGAGGAAGCGGUGCACUCCAGCCUCGGGGCCGCGGUAGCAGCGGUGGAGGGCGGCCCUCGAGCCCCAGCCCCUCUGUUGGCAGCGACAAAGAGAAAGAGGACCUGGAGAAGCUACAACGGGAGGAAGAGGAAAGGAAGAAGAGGCUACAGCUCUACGUUUUCGUUAUGCGCUGCAUCGCGUACCCAUUUAACGCCAAACAGCCCACAGACAUGGCCCGCAGGCAGCAAAAGAUCAACAAGCAGCAGCUGCAGACUGUGAAAGAGCGCUUCCAGGCGUUCCUCAGCGGAGACACUCAGAUUGUGGCCGAUGAAGCCUUCAUCAACGCAGUGCAGAGUUACUAUGAGAUCUUCCUGAAGAGUGACCGUGUGUCCCGGAUGGUGCAAAGUGGGGGCUGUUCGGCCAGUGACUCCAGAGAAGUUUUCAAGAAGCACAUAGAGAAACGUGUUCGGAGCUUGCCUGAGAUCGAUGGUCUGAGCAAAGAGACAGUCCUGAGCUCGUGGAUGGCCAAGUUUGACACCAUCUACAGAGGAGAGGAGGACCCCCGCAAACACCAGCAACGCCUGACCGCCAGUGCUGCCUCAGAGCUCAUCCUCAGCAAGGACCAACUCUAUGAAAUGUUCCAAUCAAUCCUGGGCAUCAAGAAGUUUGAGCAUCAGCUGUUGUAUAAUGCCUGCCAGCUGGACAACCCAGAUGAACAGGCGGCUCAGAUCAGGAGGGAGCUGGACGGACGAUUGCAAAUGGCAGAUCAGAUUGCAAGGCAUGGUGGUAGGUUCCCCAGAUUCUGCUCCAGGGAGAUGGAGGCCAUGUUCAUUGAGGAGCUACGGUCUUCUGUGAACCUUCUCAUGGCCAAUCUGGAGAGCAUGCCCGUGUCCAAGGGAGGAGACUUCAAACUGCAGAAGCUCAAGAGAGGACACAACGCCUCCAUUAUGGACAUGGGCCAGGAGGACGAGAACACAUUGUCCAAGUCUGACGUAGUGCUGUCCUUCACUUUAGAGGUUGUCAUCAUGGAAGUCUUGGGGCUGAAGUCCUUGGCUCCAAAUCGGAUAGUUUAUUGCACGAUGGAGGUGGAAGGAGGACACAAGCUGCAAACGGACCAGGCGGAGGCGUCCAAGCCCAUGUGGGGCACACAAGGGGACUUCACCACCACUCAGCCGUUACCAGCUGUCAAAGUAAAGUUAUUCACAGAGAGCACUGGAGUUUUGGCCCUGGAGGACAAGGAGCUGGGAAGGGUGGUGUUGCACCCCACUCCUAACAGCCCCAAACAGUCGGAGCUCCAUAAGAUGACUGUGUCCAAAGGCUGUGCGGACAGUGACCUUCGGAUCAGACUGGCCGUGCGCAUGGACAAGCCUCAGAACAUGAAGCACUGUGGAUACUUAUGGGCCAUUGGUAAAAAUGUAUGGAAGAGAUGGAAGAGACGCUUCUUUGUGCUGGUCCAGGUUAGUCAAUACACUUUUGCCAUGUGUAGCUACAGAGAAAAGAAGGCAGAACCUGUUGAGUUACUCCAACUGGACGGCUACACGGUGGACUACACUGACCCACAACCAGGUCUGGAUGGAGGCCGAACCUUCUUCAAUGCUGUGAAAGAGGGAGACACUGUGAUCUUUGCCAGUGAUGACGAACAGGACCGGAUCCUAUGGGUGCAGGCCAUGUACCGGGCAACGGGCCAGUCACACAAACCGAUCCCUCCCACCCAAGUCCAGAAACUCAACUCCAAAGGGGGAACUGCUCCGCAACUCGAUGCACCAAUAUCUCAGUUCUAUGCUGACCGGGCGCAGAAACACGGCAUGGAUGAGUUCAUUUCGGCCAAUCCCUGUAACUUCGACCACGCCUCUCUGUUCGAGCUGGUGCAGCGCCUCACUCUGGACCACAGACUCAACGACUCCUACUCAUGUCUGGGCUGGUUCAGUCCUGGGCAGGUGUUUGUUCUGGAUGAGUACUGUGCGCGUUAUGGCGUCCGGGGCUGCCAUCGUCACCUGUGCUACCUGAGCGACCUGCUGGAGCGCGCCGAGAACGGAGCCAUGAUUGACCCCACCCUGCUCCACUACAGCUACGCCUUCUGUGCCUCCCAUGUAUACGGUAACAGACCUGACGGGAUUGGAACCGUAACCGUGGAGGAGAGGGACCGCUUUGAGGAGAUUAAAGAGAGACUCCGAGUCCUGCUGGAGAACCAGAUCACACACUUCAGAUAUUGCUUUCCUUUUGGACGGCCGGAGGGAGCAUUGAAGGCCACUCUGUCUCUGCUUGAACGGGUACUGAUGAAGGACAUAGUGACCCCAGUUCCUCAGGAGGAGGUGAAGGCCGUCAUCAGGAGAUGUUUGGAACAGGCUGCUCUGGUCAACUACCAGCGCCUGUCAGAGUACGCCAAACUGGAAGGGAAAAAGAGGGAAAUGUACGAGCAUCCUGUCUUCUGCUUGGCGUCUCAAGUGAUGGAUUUAACCAUUCAGAAUGUAGGGCGCUUAGUCACUCCGGCCAAAAAACUGGAGGACACCAUUCGUCUGGCUGAGCUGGUGAUCGAGGUGCUACAGCAGAAUGAGGAGCACCAUGCUGAGGCCUUUGCCUGGUGGUCAGACCUGAUGGUGGAGCACGCAGAGACCUUCUUGUGCCUGUAUGCGGUGGACAUGGACUCUGCCCUGGAGGUGCAGCCCCCCGACAGCUGGGACAGUUUCCCCCUCUUCCAGUUGCUCAAUGACUUCCUCAGAAUUGACUAUAACCUGUGCAAUGGCAAGUUCCAUAAACACCUGCAGGACAUGUACGCCCCUCUGGUGGUGCGCUACGUGGACCUCAUGGAGUCAUCCAUCGCUCAGUCUAUCCACAGGGGCUUUGAGCGGGAGUCCUGGGAGCCAGUCAAGACGAUAACAAGCACUCUGCCCAGUGUCAGCCUCCAAAUGCCCAAAGUCCCAAAUCUCUCAGUGCCAAGUGUUAACCUCCCACAAAUGGCCAGCUUUACUGCAGCCAACUUGAUGACAGCUAAUAGUGACGCAGAUAACGGCUCAGGGACCUCGGAGGACCUGUUCUGGAAGCUGGAUGCCCUGCAGACUUUUAUUCGGGACCUGCACUGGCCGGAGGAGGAGUUUGGGAAACACCUGGAAACACGUCUGAAGCUCAUGUCCAGUGAUAUGAUUGAGUCCUGUGUCAAGAGAACACGAGCUGCCUUUGAGGUGAAGCUGCAGAGGAGCAGUCGGACCACAGACUUCCGCGUGCCCCAGUCCAUCUGUACCAUGUUCAAUGUGAUGGUGGAUGCCCGGGUGCAGUCUGCCAAACUGUGUGCCAUGGACCUGGGUCAGGAGAGACAAUACCAUUCUCAAAUCGACAAUCUGAUCGAGGAGACAGUGAGGGAGAUGACGACGCUGCUGGUGGCCAAGUUUGUGGUCAUCCUAGAAGGUGUCUUAGCCAAAAUCUCCAGAUAUGACGAAGGAACACUCUUCUCUUCUUUCCUAUCUUUCACAGUGAAAGCAGCCUCAAAGUAUGUGGAUGUUCCUAAGCCGGGGAUGGACGUUGCCGAUGGUUACGUGACGUUUGUGCGACACUCCCAGGACAUGCUGCGUGAGAAGGUCAAUGAAGAGGUGUACGUGGAGAGAUUAUUUGAUCAAUGGUACACCAGCACAAUGAAUCUCAUUGGAACAUGGCUGACUGACAGAAUGGACUUGCAACUCCAUGUCUACCAACUCAAGAUUCUUAUCCGAAUUGUAAAGAAGAAGUACCGUGACUUUCGGCUGCAAGGUGUGCUGGACUCCACUCUCAACAGUAAGAUGUACGAAACCGUGAGGAACCGUCUCACACUAGAAGAAGCCACAGCCUCGGUGAGAGAAGGAGGAAUGCAGGGGAUUUCUAUGAAGGACAGCGACGAAGAAGAUUAGAAUGAAAAACCAGUGUCCACAGAUCGGUACCUGAGCGCCUAGCAACACCAACUUCAAAAGUCCUCACGUCAUUGAUUGAUCCUUUGUUCGUCAGACUUUUUUUUUUUUUUUUUCUGUAUCCCCAGAAUUUUAAUAGCCAAGAAGAAAUUUUGAUGUCAUUUUUGUAGUUUCGGUAUCAGAAAGUACAUGUGAUAAUAUACAGCAGGUUACCCAGGUGAGAAAAUAUGUCAUUCUAGAUUUAACAAAAAUCUACAUCAAUAAAAUAUUCUUACUGUCUAAAUAAAGAGUGGCAACACUGUCAGAGCUGUCACUUUUUACAUACUUGGUGACAGUUUCCUCAUUUCCACUUAGAGUUUGGACGAUCUAAUAAAAAUGUGGUCAGAUGCCUUCAUGCAUUCACAGUCAUUACUACACUGAAUUCACUUGGGUUUACUUGUAUAUGCAAAGUAGCAUAUUUUUCCUCAGAUCACCAACACACAGGUUCAAUAAUGUCUCGUGGCCAAAAGGUCUGAGAGAGAAGAGACUGCCAUCUUCCAAUGUUGAAAAUUGUGUAUGUCAGCUCCUACACAGAAAAAUAUGACAUAAUCCUCUGAUCUAAUAAUUUGUAUUUAAAACAUGUAGUGUGUCCAAUCUGUGUAUUCUGUAAUGGUAUAUACAUUGGCACAGUGGGCUGUUUUUUUUCUGUUAAUGAUAAAAGGGGCUAUAUUAUGCAAUAGACUUUCUGUAGUUUCUACCCGCUUAAACAUAUCCGUAUACAUGCCAGUAUUUAUAUUUUAAUAAUCCAGUACUUGUAAGAUUUUUGUUUUGUUGUGUUUUCAUUUCAGUGACAUAUAAUUGCAAUGAUUUAUGGCAUUAUCUACUUGUUCUCCAACACUGAUUAAAAAUUAAAUCAAACCGUAAUAUAGCCUCUUUUAAACACUGCUUAUCUUCCUUUAAUAAUACCAAUACCAUGUAAUAAAUGAAAUAUAAACCAGAUAAUCGUUUACCUCCAAAAACACAAUGUUUUAUAUUCAGCAUGUAUCCAAAAAUAACCAAAGUCUGAUGUUACACCAUAAUAAUAAUAAUAUAUAAGACAAUGGAGUCAACUGUUAAUGGGACCGUGAAUCUCAGCUCAAUAAGCAAUAUCAAUACUUCAAUAUUAAAAAGGUUACUGCUGUCUAUAAUGUAUGUCUGCGUUACACAUUGGAAUACAUCCGAUUAGCUGGACAUGGUAGCUUCGAAAAGGAUUUGAUGAGAACAAGGUGGAUCGUGAUUGGUUCUCCAAACUUUAAAUGCACAAAUUAAUAGAUAAAAAUUGAUAUAUUAACAUUUUAUCGAAAGUUAAGUCGGUUAUCGGCCAUAUAAAGAGCGUGUUCUGUUUAUCCCUGAUUCUGUCUUCUAAUAAUAACAAAUGUAUGAUCAAGACGCAAUGUUUAUGAUAUUUUGGUAUCAAAAUAUAAUAAACUACACCUUAAUUAGCCUUAAAGGUGCACUAUGUGACUCGUAAUACUUGAUUGUCUCCAUGUAGAUGCUGUUUCUUUGCAUGGAAUGUUCCACAGUAUGACAUUAAAACGAUUUGCCAUGUGUUUAUUCAAUUACAGGUAGCUCAAAAAAAAAAAAAAUACCUUGAAAAUCAUUCAUUCUGACUAUGUGCAGGCUUGUUUCUCCAUAUAUCUGAGCAUUAACUUGUCUCCAUUGUGAUAACCAGUUUAUUUCGAUACUGUGAAAUCAAGGCAAAGCAGUAACAUCUCCAAGGAGACAAGCAGGUGACGGACACACCACCAGAAAAGUUACCCAGUGCACCUUUAAAAAGCAUAAUCAAAUAGUCUGAAUCAUUCAUAAACUAUGUGUUCAUCAUGAAUUAAGUCUAUGUCCAUGCUUUAUUAAGGCUAGUUAAAGUGUAGUUAUUAUUAAGUGUUACCGAUAUUUUUUUAUUAGACAAAUAUUUGUGGUGUAUUGAAUCUUGGAACUGUUGGAGUGGCCCUGAGCACAAUUCCUUGGCUGGUUGUGUUUGUAGAUUCAGUGUAAUGUUAGCUAGUAGUCCCCUGUAUUUAAUGAGAAAAAGGUAAUCUAUGGUCUUAUAUGGUUUGCACAAAUGUUCAAAGAUUAUUAUUUUGAAAUGAUAAGAAGUAGCCUAGCAUUAGUCUUUAAGCAUGGCCACUUUCUCUAGAUAGCCAAGAUGAAAUUGCACUAUGAGUUUUUUCCAGAUUACUUCAAUUUCACUACUGCAAUAGCCAUGUACGGGGCUUUUUUCUCUCUUAUGUAGCACAUUGUCAAAUAUGUUUCUGUCUCUACCAGAUACAUAAUACCUAAUUACAGACUAUUGUAAAAUUAACAUAUGGGUCAGUCCAUCUCAGUUCACCCAACCUCACUUUGUCAAAUUUUGAUGAAAUGUGAACGUGAAAUUUUUGUUUGAUCGGACCAAUGGUUUCCAAGAUACUGCAAUUUCAUUUUUUUCACUUUUUGCCAAAUGUCAAAUUGCAUUUACUCAGCAACUACUGCUCCGACAUCAAAAACCAAGAUAUCUCUGGAAAGGAAACAUCAUAAGGAAUCCAAAUCAAUAAAAAGAUGUUUUUAUAGGUUGUAGUAGACAUAUAGGGCUACAUUUUUUCUAUUGGUGUCAUUGAGGUCGGGCGUAUCCCUUAUUGUUAAUUUCAAGGUCAGAGUACAGGUCAAAAAGGAAUUCAUCUCAAAAGUACUCAAAUGCAAAAAUAAUAAUGCCAGAUUUGGAUUCUUAUGAUUUCCCCUUUCCAGAGAUAUCUUGUUUUUUGAUAUCAGACCAGUAGUGGCUGAGUAAGUGCAAUUUGAAAUUCGGGGACCAUGCAUAAAAUUGAAAAAAAUUUAUUGUGAUAUCUUGGAAACCGUUACUCUGAUCAUGCUAAAAUUUGAGAUUUUGGUUUUCUUGGCUAUAACUUAUCCAUACAACAAUUUUCUUUGCAACUGGACAAUGUGAGCAUUCAAAUUGCAUUUUUUGGGGGUGAGUUGAGGUGGAAUGACCCAUAUACUUUAUAACUUUUCUGGUGGGAGGUCUGCCACCAGCUUGUCACUAUGGAGAUGUUAUUACAUUGUCUGAAAUGUUCCACCGUAUGGCAUUUAACAUACACUAUAUCUUACUGGUGUGUUUGUUGCUAAAAACUACAUAGAAAACAUGCUUUAUCACUGUGAACUGCUUGGGUAUAGAUAAAGUUGAAUGCCAUUCGGUGGAACAUUCCUAGCAAAGCAAUAUCUCCAUGGAGACAAGCAGGUGGCAGACCAUCCAAAGGAAAUGUCACAUAGCGCACCUUUAACUGUAAAUAGGAAUAAUAAUAUUUGACCUGCAACCUAAGCUUACUGACAAUUCCAGUUUGAAGUCAUGACAGAAACACAUUUUGUCUGAUGUAUUUUCUCCUGCACAAACUUCUAAUACUUCUAACAUUCCUAAAUUACUACAGUGAAUGGACUCCACUGUAUCACUGUUACAACAAUAUUACCAGAUGUCAACUGUCCUGUUUUUUUUAAUGAGCAGUGGAUAUUUCAGUCAUUGAAAAUCAAAUCAGGGCAUUGAUAUAACAUUUGUAGCAGACUCCUUCCAUUCCAUCCCCAACAUGACUGCAGUAGUGUAGGCAGGACAGCAGGGGAACAUGUAUCCUCUCCAAUGCCGCUUUGUGCAAGUUCUUCCAUAAGAUUCUCAAGUAAUCACUGCCAAAACUCUGCCUUCACCCUUUAUUUGGUUUCCACGUGUAGUUUUCCUUGGAUGGGGUGAUUUGCCUUAGGGAUGCACCAAUACUGAGACUGGUAUUGAUCCAGGAAAAUUUGCAGUAUCCAGCCCAGGACAUGUCAAGAUGUUUGAAUUUUAGAUUUUUCAGAUCAAUUUAAUAAGAAGUGAACUAUAUUUUGAGAGAAAUUAAUGCCAUUUUUAGAUAUCAGCAGAACUUAAAAGCCUAGUAUCGUAUUGGAACUGAGAAACCUGGAUCAGUGCAUCCCUAAUUUGCCUCCAGCUGCCCGUAGCCCUGGUGUACA